UUAGCCAUCGGACGUCAUCACAGUUGCGUUGGUGACUUUCUCUGUCGGAAGCAAUCUCACUCUCUCGCAACUCUUUUUUUUGAUAUUCGCCCAUCAACCCUCAAGCAACAAUCAAUCCUCCGCAACAAGCAAUAAGGAAUCUCAAUCCUCAAUUUCGUAUACGGUAGAAUUUAGUAAUCCUGUUUCCUGCAAACUACAGUUCAAACAUAUGGAAAUUUGCACCAAUACAUAUCACUGAAGGCGACCUUGUUGAUGUUAUAUCGUGCUCACCUGUUGCAAGCAGCAGUAUUAGUAUGCUUCAGAACUUAAAACUCGUCGAAAAAGUGCAAACAAGAGUCAGUAAUUCGUGAAUCAGCUUGUUUUGUGGAUGGUGAAGCACCGAAAUUAUCGUUCGAGAUAGUAGUUUAAUAGGAGAAAAAUAGCAAAAUGACACGUGUAAUUAAAAUUGGGCUCCUGCUGGGCUUGAUGUGUUUCCUGACAUUUGGCGAAGGCGACAUCCUUGAAGCGAGAAGAAAUCAUCGCGCACUUGAUUUGCGAGCUGAACAGAUUCCACGCUUGUCUGACCAAUUUGAUUUGGCAGAUUUCAAAACGUAUUUGAAGGGCAUCUUAAAACCUCGCAUUCCCGGAACGCCAAGUCAUGCUGAAGUCAAAAAUUUUAUCAUCAACGAAAUGAAACAAGUUGGAUGGACCGUUACCACGGAUAAAUUUACGGCGAGAGUUCCGGCGCCAUUUAAAAAGUUACCUUUUGAGAAUAUUAUUGCGACCUUGAAUCCGAAUGCUGAGCGAUUUUUAAUUCUUGCGGCGCAUUAUGACAGUAAAUAUUUUCCGGAUGCGGAGUUUUUGGCAGCGACAGAUUCGGCAGUUGCGUGUGCCAUGAUGAUUGCGAUCGCGAAGGCACUGCAACCACAACUUAUGGAACAUGCGGCGCGGAAUGAUUUGAGUAUUAUGUUUAUAUUUUUCGAUGGGGAGGAGGCAAUUCAGAAUUGGAGCUCGUCGGAUUCGAUUUAUGGGGCGCGUCAUUUGGCGAAAAAGUGGCAUGAUCAAGGAUUUUUGCCGAAAAUUGACAUGAUGGUCUUACUUGACUUAAUCGGCGCUCCAGAUCCAAAAUUCUACAGCUACUUCAAGGACACGGAACAUUGGUACGCUCGAUUAAUGGCAGCUGAGCAAAAAUUGGGAGAAUCCCGUCAAUUGUCGCAAUUGUGGCAAAAGCCAAACACCUACUUCCAACCAUACACACAACAUUCCUACAUUGAAGACGAUCACAUUCCAUUUAUGAAGCGCGGAGUACCAAUUGUUCAUGCAAUCGUGUCGCCCUUCCCCGAUGUCUGGCACAAGUUAACCGAUGACGAGACAGCAAUUGACUACCAUUCCGUUAGUGAUUUACUUAAAAUUUUCGGAUUAUUUGCAGCGGAAUAUCUGCAUUUGAGUGUUUGAAAAGCCAUAAAAAGUCAAAUUACUAAAAAAAAAUGAAUUAAAUUCAAACAGAAAAAAAAAUAUUAAAAAAAAUGUACAAAUAUAAUUUGUAGAUAGAAUUUACAAAUUGUGCAAUCAGGAUUUUAAAUUUUAAUAAUUAAACUACAGCAAAAUAGAAGCAACAACCCCAUUUUAACAAACAAAAAAAAAAGAUAUUUAUUAAAUGAGAAAUUUUAUGAGCUUGUGAUAGGACAUAAGAAGAAAUAAACGAAUUAU